CUCUCUCUCUUUCUCGUACACACACAGAAAAUUGAUAAUGCUGUCUAAGAUUCGAAUCAGAUCUGUCUAUCGAGUAUCGAUUCACUUCAAUGUCCUAGCUAUUUUUCUUGCGUCAAACGUUUGAAGCUUGAUUUGAAAAACAGGGGAGGAAAAGAUGGUUCCGAAGAUGAGGUCCUUUAAGUAUUAUUUUGCACAGAGAAGUAAGGAGAGGCUGCUUUCCCAGAGCUUGAAGGAAGGGUAUUCAGAAAUUGGGUUGGGUAGCAUGGACGGACAUGAUGGAAGAACAAGAUGCUGGUGUAGUAACUUUACGACAGAAACAAUUACCAACUUAUGGACAUGGCUGCAACAGAUUGCUUUUGAGGCAUGGAAUUUCGGUCGUUCCGACCCAAGAAAAAUCAUAUCCUCAGCCAAGAUGGGACUGGCACUGGUGCUCAUUUCACUUAUCAUAUUGUUCAAGGAUCUCAGUCAAAACUCUGUUUGGGCGAUUAUGACAGUCGUUGUUGUUUUCGAGUUUAGCGUAGGAGCUACUCUUAGCAGAGGAUAUAAUCGUGGUUUGGGAACAUUCUCCGCUGGAGCCAUCGCUCUGGUCAUGGCGGAGCUAUCUAUAUUAACUGGAAACUUGGAAGAAGUCUUCAUUAUUAUCAGUAUUCUUAUCACAGCAUUCUGUGUUAACUUCGUGAAAAUGUACCCACCAAUGAAGCAAUACGAGUAUGGAUUUCGUGUAUUUUUGUUGACAUAUUGUUGCAUAAUGGUAUCUGGGGAAACAAUAAAAGAAUUUUUCGACACAGCAGUAAGUCGCUUGUUGCUCAUUGCCCUUGGAGCUGCUGUUUGUUUGGCUGUAACUAUUUUCGUAUACCCAAUUUGGGCCGGGGACGACUUGCACAACUUGGUGGUAAAAAAUUUCAUGAAUGUUGCUACUUCUUUGGAAGGGUGCGUCAAUGGAUACCUGCAAUGUGUGGAAUAUGACAGGGUACCUUCAAAAAUUCUCACCUACGAAGCUUAUGAUGACCCAGCAUAUAGCAGCUAUAGAUCAGCUGUAAACUCUACUAACCAGGAAGAUACCCUGGUAUGUUUUGCCAUCUGGGAACCACCCCAUGGACGUUAUAGAAUGUUCAAAUAUCCAUGGAAGAACUAUGUCAAAGUGAGUGACGCACUGAGGCAUUGUGCAUUCAUGGUCAUGGCUUUGCAUGGAUCUAUGCUUUCUGAAAUACAGGCCCCUGCAGAAAGGAGACUGGCCUUCAACAGUGAGCUGCAACGGGUAGGUACUGAAGGUGCUAAAGUGUUGCGUGAGCUUGGCAAUAAGGUCAAUAAAAUGGAGAAGUUGAGCCCUGGUGACAUUCUCUCCAAAGUGCAUGAGGCAGCAGAAGAAUUGCAAAAGAAGGUCGAUAAAAAAUCAUACCUUCUCGUCAACUCAGCCAAAUGGGAGAUUGGAAGAAGGGCAAAAGUCCUGUCAGAUCCAGAGGACACCGAUGAGGAUCUAGAUGAUAAAACCAAGUUCCUGGCAAAGUCACUGAGUGAAACUGUGCUGGACCUUAGAUCAGUCAAACUAUCAAAGAGCUGGAAUGUUCACAACACUAACACGAGUGCUCCCACCUCACUGCUAGAAGAUGAUUUAUCUGAAAAUAUGUUCAAGAAACAGAUAUCAUGGCCUUCACGUUUCUCACUCAAUUCUAAUAUGGCGCUUAGUGAAGAGUCAUCCACAUAUGAAAGUGCAAGUGCAUUGUCUUUGGCUACAUUUUUUUCACUUCUAAUGGAGCUCGUUGCAAGGCUUCAAAAUCUUGUUGAUUCAUUCAAAGAACUCAGUGAGGAAGCCAAUUUUAAUGAACCUUCCAUUGACCCACUAGUGCCAGAAGAGAUAGGUGGGAUUUGAAUCAGAUUAUAUAGCUUUUACAAAUUCAA